AUGGCUAGCUCUCUGCAACGUCUGGCGAGCCACUCUCGCGUAGCCUACCGAUUUACCAUCACUCCAUUUUCGAGAGCAUUCUCUACAGAAGACGCGUUGGUCGAAAUUAAACCCGGCGAGGUCGGCUUGGUAUCUGGUAUUCCCGAAGAACACCUUCGCCGAAAGGUUUUGAUUUAUUCCCCUGCUCGAACUGCUAGCCAACAAGGAUCAGGAAAGGUUGGGAGGUGGAAAAUCAAUUUCAUGUCCACGCAGAAAUGGGAAAAUCCUGAAGAAGCAGCAAUAGCAUUUGCCAAAAAGCAUGGUUGGGAUUACAAGGUUAAGAAGCGCCAAACACCACUAUUGAAGGCCAAGUCAUACGCAGACAACUUCAAAUGGAAGGGUCCACCCAAGGAGAACUGA